UGGUGGCACUGCUGUUGCUAGUGUGUUGUUUGGGGAGUAUAAUCCUCCAGGACGUAUGCCCUUAACAACUUAUACAUUCACUUCUAGCUCUCAUAUACCUGAUUCUACUGAUUAUAAUAUGAAUACACCACCUGGUCGUACUUAUCGAUAUUACACUGGUGUUCCUGAAGUACCCUUUGGAUACGGACUCUCGUACACUACAUUUGCAUACUCUGACCUUUCAGUGUCAACUGAUCACAUAAAACCAUGUGAUAAUAUAAUUGUAACGGUAACACUAACCAACACUGGUAGCAUGAUAGGUGAAGAGGUUGUGCAGGUGUACCUCACUCCUCCAUCAUCCCUUCCUGAUUAUACUCCUAAUAUACAGAUGGUUGGUUUUGCUAGGGUGUCAUUGAAACCGUCUGAUAAGGAGAUCCUUCAUAUUUCUGUAUCAGCAUAUUUGAUGUCAUUUGUUGAUGAUAAAGGUGAGAGGUUAAUCUAUCCAGGGAGCUACACCUUUAGUGUUGGUGGGGCAUUACCAGGGAAGACUACAGCAGUUGGUGACGUUACUAUUGAUACAGUAUCAUUUGAUAUUGAUGGAGAUGCUAGGCAACCAGUUGCAGUGUCUUCCUGCACUAAUGACAUUCCUAAAUGCCUUGCUUGCUAAUUGUGCUUCAUUUAUUUUUGCUACUUUUUUGCUAAUAACAUUUCUGCAUUGAAAACAGAGCUACUCUUAAUAAUUUUGCAAUGAUAAAAUGCUGGCUUUUUAACAGUUUGAAUUAGAAUAAUUAACCAUUCAAUUAAAAA